UUUGGAGAAACGGUGAGAUACAAGACUGUUUCCCUUAUUAAUCAAUCUGCCCAAAUGAAGACAGAACCUGAACCACAGAUGGGCUUAAAACGAUAGAGAGACGGUUUAAGGAAACUUGGCAAGCUUUGAUGAUGUUUUCUAUUCCAGAUUUUCAGUUUGUUUACCUGUCUUGUCUGAUUCAAUGAACACGCUGUCAUUUCUGUGAUCGGACUGAUCAUAUAAUUUACAAUUUACCAUGCUUUAUGAUGGACUUAUCGGAGGUCAAAGGGCAGCUCUUGCUGAAUCUAUAACCAUUGUGGAGACCCAGCAUCCAAGGAAGAAAGAGUUGGCCCAGGUUCUGCUUCAAAGAAUGCUGGCCUUCCGUCAGGAGCUGGAGAAACGCAAUGGUGGAAAUCCAGUGGCCUUCAGAGUGGGACUGUCUGGUCCCCCUGGCGCUGGAAAGUCUUCAUUCAUUGAGGUCGUUGAGAAAAUGCUGACAGGAAGAGGACAUAAAGUGUCAGUAGUGGCUGUGGAUCCUUCUUCGUGCACAACUGGAGGCUCACUGAUGGGGGACAAAACACGAAUGACAGAGCUCUCCAGAGACAUGAACGCUUACAUCCGUCCAUCUCCCACAUCAGGAACCCUCGGUGGUGUGACAAGAACCACCAACGAAGCCAUAGUCCUCUGUGAGGGUGCAGGCUAUGAUAUUGUAUUAGUGGAAACCAUGGGUGUUGGUCAGUCUGAGUUUGCUGUGGCUGACAUGGUGGAUAUGUUUGUGCUGCUGAUCCCACCAGCAGGGGGCGAUGAACUACAGGGAAUAAAAAGAGGAAUUAUUGAGAUGGCUGACUUGGUGGUGGUCACAAAAUCAGACGGUGAAUUGGUUGUUCCAGCACGGAGGAUACAGGCAGAAUACACAAGUGCCCUGAAGUUACUAUGAAAGAAGUCCAAAGUCUGGAAACCGAAGGUGGUCCGCAUAUCUUCUCAGACGGGGCAGGGUGUGCCUGAGCUGUGGAAUACCAUGCUACAGUUCCGGGAUGCAAUGCUGAGCAGCGGGGAGCUCCCAGUCCACCGGCAAACUCAGCAGAAGGUGUGGUUGUGGAAUCUGAUCCAGGAGAACGCUCUAUGCCACUUCCAGCAGCAUCCAGCGGUACGUGCUGAGCUCCCAGAGAUGGAACGAAGGGUCACGUGUGGAGAUAUAUCACCCGGCCUUGCUUCUGACCUCCUUCUGAAAGUUUUCUCCACCAUACAGUGAAGGAAUGCCGUUCCAUGGGAAACUAUAAGUCAAGGCAUAUUGGAAAGAUAUAAUAGAAAGAUUGAGUCUUACAACAUUUUGUUUCUUUUUAUUGUGUUUCAUCUGGUUUAAAAGGAUUUUAAUAACUGAUGGCAUUUGAUGAUUAUUGUAGGUGAGAUGACCGUUUCUGUAUUAUCUUGCACAGUUGGUAAAAUUGCAUUUAAAGAAAAGGAAAUUAAAUGAUUAAUAAUGUUUACACCCUAUGA